GGCGGCGCCAGCCAGGCCUCGCGGCUGCGGAAGAGCCAGGCCUGUGACCGGGUGCUGCGGGUGUGCGUGGAGCAGAUGGGCAAGCCCGGGGGCUGCCCCGCCAGCACCGGCCGGCUGCUGAGCGUGGCCGAGGCCGCGUGCCAGGGCUACGAGAGCGCCGGGCCCCAGCCCGCGCCCCUCUACCUGGAGAAGAUCCUGUACCACCUCCUGAGGAACACGGCCGCCCGCGGCGGCGGCGCCUGCUGGAGGGUGGCCGAGCUCCUCCGAGCCCGGCUCCUGGCCUCCCAGCCGGGCCAAGUGCCCUCCAAGGACUUCAAGGCCAUCGCCUACAGCAGCUUCAGCGUGCUCUGGAGAGGGGCAGAGUCCUUGGCGGAGCCCGACCGGCCGCAGGAGGAGGCUCAAGCUGUCCUCUCGGUCCGCCUGCGAGCCCUGCGCUUCCUCCUGCUGCUGGAGCAGGAUGGGGAGGCUUUGGCACCGCUGCAGCCCCCCUUCUUCACCUCCCAGACAGCUCAGCAGGCAGCUGCUGCUGCUGCCUUGUACGAGGCCCAGCAGGAGCCAUCCUCAGCUUUCCUUGGCCAGCAGCUCGGGGACUGUUUGCUUGCGGUGCUGCGGAAGGAGGCGGCGGAGCCUCCCACCCUGCAGCAAUCCUGCUGCUUCUUCGAGCUCACCCUGGAGCAGUGCCGGCACCUCUGCGGGGGCAGCCGGCACAGGGAGGCCAAGGAGGCAGUGAAGGAAGCGAGGGGCUUCCUGGGGGCCAGCAGCAGCUCCAGGAAGUCCUUCAGUGCCCCCCUCGCCCUGCUGGAGGCCGGGGUGCGGCUGAGCCAGGCGCUGGCUGACGGCGCCUGCCCGGCGGAGCCGCUCUUCUCCCAGGCUGCAGCAGCUCUCGGGGACGUGGCAGAGGCCUCGGAGCAGCUCCUCAGGGUGCUGGCUGAGAGCUGCCAGUUCAUCAGCUCCUCCCUCGGCGAGUGCAUGAGGAGGAGCAAGCAGCAGCCCUUCAGUCGGGAAGAUGUGCUCGACCUCUGUGCAUUCACCGAGGGGAACUGCCGAGUCCUGCUCCGGCUGCUGGAGAGGGUUCCUCCUGAGGGUGUCAAACAGAAGCUGAUGGUGAAGCAGCUCCUGUACCGCAGCCUCCAGCUCUUUGCCAGCGUGGCCUAUGACACCUUCCAGUGCUCCCAGCCAUUGCAGGGCUGGCCAGGCCUGGAGCAGCUCCCAGCGGGCUGCAGGAGGAGCGUGGAGCAGAUGCUGGAGGCACUGGAGGGGCUCUCCGAGAGCGAGCAAGCCAAGUACCUGGAUGUCACCGUGUCGUGCACCUUCAAGCUGGCGUACAUCUUCUACAGCCAGAACCUUCACGAGGAGGCCAGCUCCAUCUGUGAGCCCCUCUGCAAGGGGCUGCAGGCAGUGGAUGCCUAUGCGUGCCCAGAGAUACCCCCAGAGAGGCUCCACAAGUGCUUCAGGCUGCAGGUCGAGAGCCACCGCAAGCUGGGCUGGCUGGGGAGGGCCCUGGCCUCUGUGGAGCAGUGGCUGGUGGCACUGCGGGGCCGCACAGGGGACCUGCUGGCAGAGCCCAUCUCCCUCUGGGUCCGAGUCAAAGCCGAGGCUGGGAAGCAGGGGCACGAGGAGCUGCGCCUACGGACCCUGAAGGAAGGCUUGGAGGGGCACAACCUGGACACAGAGACCUUGGUGACCGUUCUCUUUGCGGAGCUGAAGGCCUACAAGACCAUCCGAGGUGACACGGGGCAGGAGCGCUACAACGUGCUGUGUGACGUGCUGGAGCUGUGCUCGGAGCAGAGCGGCCGCCUGCACCAGCGAGCUGUUGGCCUGACAGAGCUGGCCCAAGUGUUGUGCUACCACAGCUACUCCCAGCAGACUGACUGCUCCUCCCUGGACUCUGUCCAGGAAGCCUUGAGGCUGCUGGAGCUGGUGCCCAGGAGCACCCAGAACCGGGACCAGCUCCUCGAUGACCGGGCGCAGGCUCUGCUCUGGCUCUACAUCUGCACCCUGGAGUCCAAGCUGGAGAAGAGCAUAGAGAGGGAGCAGAGAGCCAGAGCUCAGGGGCUGAGGAACCUGGAUGACUUUGAGCCCAAUGAUCUCAACUACGAAGGCAGGCUGCUGGAGGACAGGUUCCUAUAUGAUGGCAUCUCCUUCAACCUGGAGACAGAGGCCGCUCUGGCCAAAAACCUGGAUGAUGCCUUCGCCUUGUGGAAGCAGCUCCUGGCGACGCCGGGCGUCCCGGCUGUGCGCAGCCCCGAGCAGAGCGUAGCCUCCCUGCGCCUUCUGGCAGCUCUCUACAGGCUGAUGGGCAAGCCUUUGCAGGCCCUGGAGAGCUACCUCCUGGUCAGAGCCCUGUGCAGUGCUCUUGGGGACAGCCUGGGCACAGCCAGUGCCCUGUGCCAGGUCACCAAGCUGCUCUUCCAGCUGGAAUGUCCCAGCUAUGCCCAGCUUUUCCUGGAGGAGACAGAGUCCUGCCUGCAGAACGCCGACAGCAGCGACGAUUCCUACGUGGUGCUGCAGCAAAGCUGCCUCCUGCUGCGCAGCCGCCUGUGCUGUGUCACCCACAGGAUUGAAGAGGGUCUCACCCUACUGCUGAAGGUGCUCCAGAACAUGGCUCUGCAAAAAGCCUCAAAGGUGUGGUACCUGCUGCGAGCCCACGUCCUGCAGCUGGUGGCCACCUACCUGAGCCUCCCCCUUGCCCGCCUCUCGCUGGAGCUGCGGCAGCAGAUCUUUGUGCAAGGAUGGAAGACACCCAAGACAGCUCUUGUUGAAGCCCAGAAGCUCUUCCGCAGCAUCAUCCUCCUGCUGAUGGGCAGCAGCGUGCUGGGAUGUCAGGGAUCAACAGCAUCUGAGGGCCAGUUUAUGGAUUAUGGGGACAACCUGCUGCUGAAGUGGCAAGUGCUGGCUGACGUGCUGGCCUGCUCCGAGCACCUCGUGGCUCUACUCAGCAGGUUGGAGGUGGUGUGUAAAGCCAAAGCCUUCUGCCUGGAGGCCGUCAAGCUGGCCAUGAAACUGCAGGCCACGCGGUGGUGUACUUCCUUCCUGGUGCUGAAGGCCCAGCUGGAGCUGCAGCAGAGCGAGCUGGAGCUGAGCCACUCGGACCUGCAGCAGGCUCUCUUCCUCCUGGAGCCUGACAGUGAGUUGAAAACCAGCAAGGAGCAGCAAGGCCACAUGAAGCUCCUGCCCGGGAAGGGCAAACUGGAGGGCAGGAAGAAGCAGGCCCCCAUCUCUGAGCCCCCUGGAGAAGAGGACGGUUUCCUGAAGGGCCCCACGCUGGCGUUUGUGGCCACAGUGAGUGGGCCGGGGAAGGCGGAUGCUCUCACUGCCUCCCCGGAGCUGAAGCCUGCGAGGAGGAAGAGACUGGCCUUCCUCAGCCACCCCCCAGCCUGCCCCUGCUGCCUCUGCUCCGACCUGUGCCUCUCUGCUCUCUGCCUGCGCUGGCUGCUCUCCUGCGCCCAGGCCGAGCUGGCAGCGGGCAGCACGGCCAAGGGGCUGGGGCUGCUCCGCGCCGUGGUGCCGCGCUGCGCCGCCGUGGCCGCCCGCUUCGCUGCCGUGCUGCAGGACAAGCUGAGGGCCACCUCCACCAGCCACGACCCGCCUGCUCUGGAGCUGCUGCACGAUCUGGUGGCCACUUGCUAUGCCACGUUGGCCCUGCAGAGCCUGGCCAGCCCCCGCCUGGCAGAGGAGCUGGAGAUGGGGUUGAAGUUCUUGGUGUCCUGCAGACCCCACGUGCCCAGCCUGGAGGUCUCCAGGGCCAGCCUCCUGCUUGCCAAAGCCACGGCCACCUUUUGCCACCCGGUCUCCAAGCAUGGUGACUCCAUGGAUGGCAUCUUUGCCAGCUCUUGGAGCCAGCAGCUGCCCACACCGGCUCUGACGGAGCCUGAAGUGGUGGCUGUGCCCAAGGCCCUCAAGACGGCCAAGGCUCAACCCCGAAGGUGCAAGAAGACAACCUUGGCUGCGGCUGCGCCCAAGCCCAGAGUGAAGAAGAGCCAAAGAACAAAGCCCUUGGCUGUGCCAAGCACUGAGGAUGUGUUUGCUCUGGGUGACCUGGACACUGAGGUGCCGCCCAUCAUCAUCCGGCCGGUGCCGGUGCCCUGCACCCCGCACCAGAGAGCGUGUCCCCCCACCAAGGCGCGCGCAGCCCCUGGCCCCAGGACACCCUUCACCAUCUUCAGCGAGUCCUCCCCACCAGGCAGCAAGUCCCAGCUCCUGCGGGCACCCAGGGUGCUGGGGAGAGUCAAGUCCCGCCUGCAGGUGACAUUCAGCGAUGACAGUGACUUGGAGGAUCCUGAAGCGGGGGGGACCCCCACAGCUUCCCACAAGCCUUCCUGCCCCCAGAGAGCUCGGUCCCCCCGGCCCAUGAGGUCCAAGGGGAGCUCGCAGGGGCUCAGCACCCGCAGCAGCUGCGCCCAGCCCCGCAGAGGGCGGCCGGGCACCCGCAGGGCCGGGGCUGCGGAGGAGCGGAGGGAGCGGGCGCCCCGCAGGGCUGCCAGCACGAGAGCAGAGGAGGAGCGGGAGCUUCCCAGGGCCACUGAGGCAGAGGAGAAGAUGGAGGAAGAGCUUCAGAUCAGCUUUGAGGUGCUGCAGGACUCUGAGGAAGAAGCCAAAGCCCCAGGCAGGAGGCAGCAGCCUCGGCGCAGGCAGGAGGGUGCAGGCAGGAAGCAGGAGCAGCAGGAGGCUGGUGAGGACGUCCCGGCAGAGGGGACCCUGCCCACGGCUGGUGAUGUCUCCUCCUUGGACACGGUCCUCGAGCUCCUGAAGGACGCUUUCAACUGCCUGAGCCACUGCCCCCCCAGCGCGCUGUACAGCCACCUCUGCCAGCUCCUGGCUCUGGGCACGGGCAGCCAGGACCCCCUCUCCACCGCGUACCUGCUCUCCGAGUCCCUCUCCAUCACCACCCGCCACCAGCUGCUCGGUGUCAUCCACAGGAAGAUCCACAAAGAGAAGAAGUCAGUGGGGGACGUGGCUGAGCAGCUCAGGGGGCUCUGCCUGCAGGAGGGGAGCACUGGCCAGCGCAGCCAGCACCUCGCUGACCUCGAGAGGCUCUUCAUGUUCAGCUCCACGGGGCUGGGGGCUGAGGAGCGGGACAGGUUUGGGAUGCAGCUGCAGCAGAUCCCCAGUGGGGUGACCGUGUGCAUGUUGACCCUCGCCAGCACCCAGCCCGGCUCUGUAGGGGACACGCUGCUGCUGACACGGCUGGAGAAGGGCAGCACCCCCGUGAACAUCCGCAUCCCCACGGCGCUCACCAAGGCCCCACUGCGCUCGGUGCUGAAGGAUUUUGACACCAUCCAGAAGGAGCAGAAGGAAGCCAACACCUGCACAGACAAGCAGGACUGGUGGAUGCGUCGUUUCGAGCUGGACCGCAGGAUGAAGAGCCUCAUUGAGACCCUGGAGCUGCAGGUGCUGGGCUGCUGGAGAGGGGUCCUGCUCCCCAGCAGCCCCGAGCCCAGCCUGGCAGAAGAAGCCGCCCAGUUGCACCCACAGCUCCGCCAGUGCGGCUGGAGGGACGCGGAUCCCACCCUGCUCAAGGCGGUGCUGAACGCUGCUCCCCUGCUCUCCCCCUGCGAUGUACAAGCCGUGGCCUUGGGCCUCUGCUCGGCGCAGCCCCGCCGGGCCCAGCUCCUCUUGCAGGAGGCGGUGGAGAAGCGGAAAGCCCGCGCCAAGCAAAGCAGCAGCUCCCUCGUCCUGGUUCUGGAUAAGCACCUGCAGAAGCUGCCCUGGGAGAGCAUGGCGUGCCUCAAGGCUGUGCCCGUCACCAGGCUGCCUUCCCUGCGCUUCCUGCUCAGCUACUCCCUGGCACAGAAGCAGGCAGGCUCUGUGCUGAGCCGCGGCGUGAACCCCAGCAGCACCUUCUACGUCCUCAACCCGCACAGCAACCUCAAGGGCACUGAGGAGCGAUUUCGGGGCUGGUUUGAGAGCGAGCCCGGCUGGAAGGGGGUGACAGGAGCCGUCCCAAGCCCGGAGCAGAUGCAGGCAGCCCUCCUGGAGCACGACCUCUACAUCUAUGCUGGGCAUGGAGCAGGCGCCCGCUUCCUGGACGGGCAGACCAUCUCCCGGCUGGAAUGCCGCGCUGUCACACUGCUCUUCGGCUGCAGCAGCGCCCUGCUCGUCGUCAGAGGCAGCCUGGAGGGCUCCGGCAUCAUCCUCAAGUACAUCAUGGCCGGCUGCCCCUUCGUCCUGGGGAACCUGUGGGAUGUGACGGACCGGGACAUGGAUCGCUAUGCACAGGCGCUGCUGGAGGGCUGGCUCAGGGGGGGCUCGGGGGCACCACUCCUCGACUACAUGGCCCAGGCCCGCCAAGCCCCCAAACUCAAGUACCUCAUCGGGGCGGCCCCCGUUGCCUAUGGGCUGCCCGUCUGCCUGCAGUGAGGGCUGGGGGGUCCCGGGGGAGGACACUGAGGACGUCGGGGGGUGUUUUAUGUCUUAUUUAUUUUAACCAAAGUGCUUUUAGGGGUCUGUUCAUUAACAAUAAAGCUGCUGCUCUUUG